UAUCGCCCUCUAUAUAUUCCCCAUCAUUUCUCUCGUAGUCUCCACAAGCUUCUUUUAGCUUUAAUCUCACUCUUUAAUCAUUCCAAUUAAUUCUUUUCACUGCAAAAAUUAAAACAAAAUGGCGGCAUCUAACGAGGUUCUAGAAGCCUCCGACUCGCACGAUGUUCUGUCUCUCCUGUCUUCUCCGACAAGAGAUUACCUCGUCCGAAACUCCGGUGAUCAGGUUAAAGUCGAUGGGUUGAAAGGGAAGACAGUUGGUUUAUACUUCUCAGCAUCGUGGUGUGGUCCAUGUCAGCGUUUCACUCCGAAGUUGGUUGAUGUGUACAAUGAGGUAUCUGCAAAGGGAGGGUUCGAGGUUGUAUUUGUUUCAGCUGAUGAAGAUGAUCAGUCAUUUAACGAGUAUUUCUCCAAGAUGCCUUGGGUUGCUGUUCCCUUUUCGGAUUCUGACACUCGUGCUAAGUUAAACGACUUAUUUAAGGUGAACGGGAUUCCACACCUUGUUUUACUAGACGAGUGUGGGAAACUUUUGAGCGAUGAAGGGGUUUCGAUUAUUGGUGAUUAUGGAGCCGAAGGGUACCCUUUUACCUCACAGCAUCUGAAAGAACUCAAGGAGCAGGAAGAAGAAGCUAAGAGGAACCAAUCCUUGAGUUCCCUUUUAGUUUCACGGUCUCGGGACUUUGUUCUUUCAGCUGAUGGAAAUACAGUACCUAUUGCUGAGCUUGAAGGGAAAACUAUAGGUCUCUAUUUCUCAUUGGCAUCAUACAGGGUCUCUGCUGUCUUCACUGAAAAGCUUGUCCAAGUUUAUAAAGAACUGAAAGAGAAAGGGGAGAGCUUUGAAAUUGUGACUAUCUCUCUUGAUGAUGAUGAAGAAUCAUUUAAAGAAGGGCUGCAAGGUGCCCCUUGGCUUUCCUUGCCUUUCAAGGACAAAAGCUGUGAGAAACUGAUUAGGUACUUCGAGCUUUCAACCUUACCCACUCUUGUCAUCUUAGGGCCAGAUGGGAAGACUCUCCAUCCAAAUGUGGCUGAGGCGAUCGAAGAACAUGGGAUCUUGGCAUACCCUUUUACCCCUAAGAGGUUUCUUGAGCUUGAUGAGAUAGAGAAGGCUAAGCAAGAAAAGCAAACAUUGGAGUCUAUUCUGGUUUCAGGAGCGCAAGAUUUCGUAAUCGCAAAAGAUGGAGUCAAGGUUCCUGUGUCUGAUCUUGUUGGGAAAAAUAUCCUACUCUAUUUCUCUGCGCACUGGUGUCCUCCAUGUCGUGCUUUCACACCAAAACUUAUUGAAGUGUACCACAAGAUAAAGUCAAAGGAUGCUGCCUUUGAAUUAAUCUUCAUCUCCAGUGACAGAGAUCAAACUUCCUUUGACGAGUACUUUUCUGGAAUGCCAUGGUUGGCACUUCCAUUUGGUGACACAAGGAAGGCAUCAUUAAGUGGUCUGUUUAAGGUCCGUGGCAUUCCCAAGUUAGUGGCACUGGGGCCAUCCGGGAAAACCGUCACAACAGAAGCUAGGGACCUUGUUAUGCUUCAUGGCGCUGAAGCUUAUCCCUUCACAGAGCAGCGGUUAAAAGAAAUUGAGGCAGAGCACGAUGAGAUGGCAAAGGGGUGGCCUGAGAAGGUGAAGCAUAAACUUCACGACGAACAUGAGCUGGUUCUCACCCGUUCACGGAUUUACGUUUGUGAUAAGUGCAACGAGGAAGGACAUAUUUGGGCAUUCAACUGUGAAGAAUGCAACUUUGAUCUUCAUCCAAAAUGUGCUUUGGAAGAAGACAAGGACAACAUGGAUGCUGCUGCUGCUAAAGCCGAGGAGGAUGAUAUCAAGAAUGAAGAGAAGUCCAAAGAAGGAUGGGUUUGUGAUGGAGAUGUUUGCUUCAAAGCUUAAAAGUUUGUUUCCCAUCCUGUCAUAUCUUUACCUUGCCUUCUUACUUUAUCCAUAAUAAAUGCUUGUGAGUUAUUGAGAUUUGAUACAUGAUUUGUUUGCAUAACAAAAGCAUGUACUAUAUUACCUAAGUUAUAAUGGUUAUGUUUGGUUAUCACAAAACCCUGUACUAUUACUUAAGUUACAAGGUUUAUGUUUGGUAUUUAUAGUUCUUCGUGUA